GCCUGUGCAGGGCUGAGGGUUGGACUGGAUGAUCCUUGUGGAUCCCUUCCAACUCAGCACAUUCUGUGAUUCUGUGAUCUCAGAUCUCAGAUCUGAUCCCAGAUCCCUCCUGGCUCUGUCCCACCUGGAACCUGUGUCCCAGGACAUGCUCUGGAUCAUCUCAGGCAUUCAAAACCCCUUUCCCCAGGGGAGAAACACCUGUUUAGAUCCCUUGUUCCCCUCAUGAUCCCUCAUUCUUACUGCCCACAGGAGUGGGGAAAAGCUCCUGCAUUUCCAAAGCAGAUGGAAAAUCCCCAAGCUGCCAAAGGACUUGAGUCCACUGGUGCAGUCCCAGCACUGUGAAAUGGUGGAACACAGAGCCAGAGAUCCCUUGAGAAAGCCACGGACGAGGAAAGAAAGCUGGAGGGCAUGUUUGAACACAGGUGCCCACAAUGAGGGGAUGACAUAUAACACCAUCUGUGUCAGGAAGCUUGGCAGCUUAAAUUCCUAAUUACCUGGGGUUUGGGCCCCCACCCCCUGGAUGGUGCCCCAGGCACCCUGGGACAGGUAUAAAAGAGCUGAGCUCCUUGCAGACCUCUAUCCACAUCCCUCCACUUGACUCUCCUCAGCAACCAGAACUCCUUGUCUGUGUGACCAUGUCCUGUGGCAGCCUGUGUGUCCCCUCCUGUGGGGUGGCCACCCCGGCCCCUCUGGCUGACACGUGCAACGAGCCCUGCGUGCGGCAGUGCCCCGACUCCACGGUGGUGAUCCAGCCCCCGGCCUCAGUGGUCACCUUCCCCGGGCCCAUCCUCAGCUCCUUCCCCCAGCAGAGCGUGGUUGGCUCAGCAGGAGCCCCCGGCGUUGGAGGGGGCUACGGGGGCACUUUUGGAGGCCGUGGGGGCUACGGGGGCUAUGGGGGUUAUGGGGGCUAUGGCUAUGGGGGUUAUGGGGGUUAUGGAGGUUAUGGGGGCUAUGGGGGCUGUGGGGGCUCCAGAGGUGUCGGCACCUGCGAUUUCGGGGGCUGGCGCAGUGGCCACAGGUACCUCAGUGGCAACUGCGGGCCCUGCUGAGCCCCAGCCCGAGCCCGGCCACAGACCCAGAGGAGCUCCAGCAAACCCCCCGGCACAUCCCGACACGGCGCCUGGAGGAAGGACACCCCUCUGGCAUCACUGGGCUCCAGAGCUCGGGCACCUCGUGCCUGCCCGGGGCCCAGCUCUGCCCCUUUGCUGCUGUGCUUGAGCCUCCCCUCAGGACCCGCUGCCUCCUCCCGGCACAGCCCCGGGCUGGGCUCCUGAUCCCGCUCCUGCCGGGGGCUCGGCACAGCUCUGCCCACUGCCAGGAGCCAGGGGAGCCCUUGGCCAGGGCCCUGCUCUUCUGCCAACUCCCUCCUCCCCUCCAACUGCAAUAAAAGCUGUCUUUGCAUCGCAA